AUGGCGGAGUAUUUUCAGAGUAAGAGAGGUUUGCGACAAGGAUGCUCACUCUCUCCUUAUUUGUUUGUACUUUGUAUGAAUAUCCUCUCCCACAAGAUUGAUAGAGCUGCUAAAGAAAGGAAAUUUACAUUUCACCCAAGAUGUAAAUCGUUAGCUCUUAGCCAUCUCUGCUUUGCAGAUGAUUUGAUGGUGAUUGUGGAAGGUACUAAGGAGUCAAUUGAAGGAGCAUUGUCUGUGUUUGAUGAGUUUGCUGCUUGGUCGGGAUUCAGUAUAAGCAUCGAGAAAUCAACAGUAUAUAUGGCGGGAGUUUCUAGUGCUGAAAGAAGUAGAAUACUGGUGAUUUUUUCCUUUGCUGAAGGGACCCUUCCUGUUCGAUAUUUAGGCUUGCCUCUGAUGACUCAGGUAAUGAGAAGGUGGUUUGGGGAUAAGAGAGCUGAAGGAUGUAAAUCUGGUCUAUGGGUUGAAGUUAAUAUGGAGGAUGGUCUCGGGAAAAUCUCUAUGGGAGAGAUGGAUAAAAGAGAAUUUAUUAAAGGGGAAAAGGUUUUGGCAAGUGAAAGUCAAAACUCAAAUGGGCUCUUGGAUGUGGAGGAAGAUGUUGAAAAUGAGAGAGGAGAUAGAGGGAUCAUCGAUAUGGGGAUAAAACGUGAAGCCACGGUAGAGAAAGCAAUGUUUAGUGCAAGACGAAGAAGAAGGCACCGUACACUGGAGCUUAAUGAGAUAGAAGAAGAGUUAUUGGCAGUAAAGGAGAAAAUGAGAAGUAAUGCUGAGGAUGUUGCAUUAUGGAAGAGGAAAGCAGAUUUUAAACCGACAUUCUCAACCCAGGAAACGUGGAUGCUUAUACGAGAUACUAAGUCUACCUGUAACUGGGCAAAAGGUCUGGGAAUAUCUUGUAAGAGGGAUUCUGAGAAGUGA